CGGGUGGGAAAAGCACAUCAUUGAGAACUUGAAGCCUCCAAACGUGCUGCUCCCUCAAACUCACAGUGUCGGACUCCCUCGACUCAUCACUGCUUCCUCUCAUAUUUUGUCUGCCCGGCUCCUUCCAUUAAGAAGCCUGAAAGUUAGUGAAAGAUUCCUUUGUACCCAGUUUUGAGCACACGGCAGGCUCUGAGAGGAGGUAGGAGGCGCGCGACACAGGUCUUGGCCUCCAGGAGAGACGAACACAGACGAAGCGUGAUGCCAGGCAGGGGAGAACACGAGGAAUGCUGCUCUUCUGAGCAAACGUUCGAUCUACUUUAGCGCCUGUGUGCCUAGAACCAAGUAUGUACUGAGGAGUAAGACUAUUCCCGCGCGUACGGAGUGUGCAGUCCACCAGGAAAGAUGUGGAAGAAAUAAUUUUUAAUGGAGAAAAAUAGGACGCGAAACUGGUCAGCAUCAGUCCGUUGGGACGGCCGGCGCGGGCAGCGGAACCUAAGUGCCGAGGGAUCGGGCUUCCGGGGUGGCGGGCCAACACGAGCGGCGCACCGUCAAGAUGGCGGCGGGCGUUCGGAAGCGCGGCCGGUCCGGUCCCGCAACCCGGGCUGCGGGACUCUGUGGACAAUGGCUGCGGCGCGCCUGGCAAGAGCGGCGCCUACUACUGCUGGAGCCGCGCUACACGCUGCUGGUGGCCGCCUGCCUCUGCCUGGCGGAGGUGGGCAUCACCUUCUGGGUCAUUCACAGGGUGGCAUAUACAGAGAUUGACUGGAAGGCCUACAUGGCCCAGGUGGAAGGCGUCAUCAACGGCACCUAUGACUACACCCAACUGCAGGGUGACACUGGACCUCUUGUGUACCCAGCCGGCUUUGUGUACAUCUUUAUGGGGCUGUAUUAUGCCACUGGCCGGGGCACUGACAUCCGCAUGGCCCAGCACAUCUUUGCUGUGCUCUACCUGGCCACCUUACUGCUUGUCUUCUUGAUCUACCACCAGACCUGCAAGGUACCUCCCUUCGUCUUUUUCUUCAUGUGCUGCGCCUCUUACCGCGUCCACUCCAUCUUCGUGCUGAGGCUCUUCAAUGACCCAGUGGCCAUGGCGCUGCUCUUUCUCAGUAUCAACCUCCUGCUGGCCCGGCGCUGGGGCUGGGGCUGCUGCUGUUUCAGCCUGGCAGUCUCCGUGAAGAUGAAUGUGCUGCUCUUUGCCCCUGGAUUGCUGUUUCUUCUUCUCACACAAUUUGGCUUCCGUGGAGCCCUUCCCAAGUUGGGCAUCUGUGCUGUUCUUCAGGUGGUGCUGGGGCUACCCUUCCUGCUGGAGAACCCCAUUGGCUACCUAUCCCGCUCCUUUGACCUUGGCCGCCAGUUUCUCUUCCGCUGGACAGUGAACUGGCGCUUCCUCCCUGAGGCCCUCUUCUUGCAUCGUGCCUUCCACGUGGCACUGUUGGCCGCCCACCUCACCCUGCUCUUUCUCUUUGCCUUCUGCAAGUGGCACAGAUCAUCUCUACUCUCUUCACCUCCAACUUCAUUGGCAUCUGCUUCAGCCGCUCCCUCCACUACCAGUUCUACGUCUGGUAUUUCCACACACUGCCUUACCUCCUGUGGGCCACGCCUGCACGCUGGCUUACACAUCUGCUCAGGUUGCUGGUGCUGGGGCUCAUCGAGCUCUCCUGGAACACAUACCCAUCCACGUCCUGCAGCUCUGCUGCCCUGCACAUAUGCCAUGCUAUCAUCCUGCUGCAGCUCUGGCUGGGCCCCCAGCCUUUCCCCAAGAGCGUCCAGCACAGCAAGAAAGCCCACUGAGGUCCACUUCCCUUCCCCUCCAGUCCACUCUUAGGACUCUGGAUGGGAAUAGACUCUGUGUCCUUCCCAAUAAACCUUACCAAGUCCACUUCUGUGCAGCCUACAUAGAAGUGCCUGCACCAAGCUGUGAGGGGCAUGCACACUGCAGAUAAAGAACUCAUUUGGGCA